AUGUGGUUGCUGGGAAUUGAAUUCAGACCUCUGGAAAAGCAGUCAGUGCUCUAAACCACUGAGCCAUCUCUCCAGCCCCAGUUUCUCCACUCUUAAGAGAACACAGGAGCCUUGCCUAUGGAAUGAAGCCACCGACAGUGGGAUGGGUCUUCCCACAUCAAUUAACUUAGUCAAGACAAAUCCCCCACAGACAUGCUCACAGGCCAAACCAGUGGAGACAAUUUAAGUGUCAAGUUAAGGCUAACCAUCACAUGGCUGUAAUAAAGAAAUAUUGCAUGAAUGUCACCCCUCUCUCAGUCCUGCCUUCCUUCUUUGCUUCCUUUCUGACAGGGUCUCACUAUGGAUCCCUGGCUAGCUAUAAACUCGUCCUCCAGAACGCUCAGACUAUAUGUGCCACUGAAUCCAGCUCAAUGUACUUCACUUGAGUGUUGUGUAGGCUAACUCAAUGCCUUCAGCACUUUCUCAUUAUUAAUAUUUGAAACUUGUGCUCUCCACCUUGUGAUACUCUCAUUCCCCACUAAGUGCUUUGGUUUGUUUGUUUGUUUGUUACAUUAUCCUGUUUGUGGCUUCUCAUUUCUUCCUUCUACUCCCAAAUGUGGAAACCUCUGUUUUCAAUCAUCCUAACUCACUCAACUGGUCAGACCUUCCUGCAUGCUGUGGCCCAGUCUUCAAUACACAAGGAACUUACUGGAAAACUCCAGUUGGUCUGGGAGCCAGAAGCUUUAUCUCCCAAAUCAGAUACCACAGUGGCCACAGAGACAGCUAUUAUGCCUGGCUCCAGGCUGACACCAUUCCAACCAACUUCUGCAGGAACUACAGAGACAGGCAGUCACAAGUCCUCCCGAGCCCCAUCUCUUGCAGCAACAAUGACCUUGGAGCCUACAGCCUCCACCUCCCUCAGGAUAACAGAGAUUUCUCCACACAGUUCCAAAACGACAAAAGUGGCUAUCUCUACAUCGGUCCUCUUGGUUGGUGCAGGGGUUGUGGUUGUUUUCCUGGCCUGGUACAUCAAAUCAAGGCAAACUUCUCAAUCAUGUCCUGUUGGGGUGGAAACCAUGGAAAUGGUACCCAUGACUGUGAGGACCAGCACCAAGGAGGACGAAGACACCGGGGCCUAACCAUAUGACUCCAGAAACUCAGGGAGACCUGCCUGGCUGAGUCCGAAGGGAAGACACAAGGGCAGUUAGUCCAGGUGCACCUGGACACAGGAAAAAGCCUAAUGUAAUAAUAGAAGUCUCUGGUAUGACCUGUUUUUACUGAGCCUGGGUGCCUCCCAUAUGCAGGCCUGGAUCCCCAGUACCUGGAAGGACACCACCUUUCCUCCUGGUUCAUCAACUCCCCGGAGUACAAGCAGCUUGAGCUCUCCAGGGAGUCUCCAUAAAGGCAUCUAACUCCACUCAGACAUCAACUCAAAGCAACUUCUCAGCUAGACUCUCUUUUCUAUUCCCUACUCUGAUUUACAGUUUACAGAGAUUAACAAGGCUCCCAUUGUCCUCCAAGGCUCCUCUGGCACAGGAGAUGUCUAUAAAGAAGACGUAGCAUUUGAGCUCCUGAAGAUUUGGCUGUUUGGUGCUUUGCACGUAUUGGAAGAGAGCAGAAAAAAGGCAGAAGAGAUAUUGAGCCAGUGAACCCUUUUGUAUAGGAUUCAUGACAAAAACUGAACUCAGUGACUAUGUGUGUGUGUGUGUGUGUGUUGUGUGUAUGUAAAAGUGUAUAUUUUCAUAUACAUUUAUAUUUAUACUUUCUUUUCUAUUAUAUCUACAUAUUGUAUAUGAUUUAUAUUUGAAAAUGUCUUGUGUAGACAAAAUAAAGUAUCUAUUUUCAGUA